GCAGAAAAGAGACACCUAAUUGGUUCUCCGUGCGUCGGAUCGGCGGGCCGACGUGCGGACGUGCCCCGGAUCGAAGGAGGCGCCAUCGUCAACGAGCCCGGUUAUGAGGUUAUCGUCGUCAGCAUCGCGGACGUGAGAACCCGGACCCGGACAUCGGAUCGUCACCGUCGUCGUCGCCGUCCCCGUCGCCGCUGCCGCUGCUGCGGGCUGCGAUGAAGCGCGCGUGAUCCUCCCGGCGACGAUGUCGCGUAAUGUCGGCGGCUCUUCCCGUUUCUCACGGCCGGUUACCAGCUACAGCGCGCGUCGUCACGCCAGUGCCCGCCAGGCACGGUCCCGCGGAACGUCGGCCGCGCUGUUCUCGCCGUCGCCGCCGCCGCCGUUCCGCCGCGUAUGAUUCAUAAGGACCAAGCCCGGGACUGCCUUCAGGGACAGAAGCCAAAUUUUAUAUAUUCGGAGAUGCUAGAGGUUGGUCUGCGAGUCGUCCGCGGCCAGGACUGGAAGUGGGACGAUCAGGAUGGCGGCGAGGGUCACGCCGGGACGAUAGUAGAGAUCGGCAGGCCUCCCUCCACCGGCAACUCGACCUCCAGUCCGAAUCCCACCGACCGAACGCCGGACAAGACAGUCAUCGUUCAGUGGGAUCACGGCGCUAGGAGCAAUUAUAGGAUCGGCUAUCAGGGUGCUUAUGAUCUUCUGGUGUUCGAUAACGCGGCCGCUGGCGUCAAGCACUCUAACAUCAUCUGCGACGGUUGCAAGAGGCACGGGAUAAUCGGCAUCAGGUGGAAGUGUACAGAGUGUUUCGACUACGAUCUCUGCACGCAGUGUUACAUGGCCGACGUGCACGAGUUGACUCACACCUUCGAGAGAUAUCAAACAGCGAAUUCCGUCGGAGUUCGUUUAGGACCGAGAGAAGGCUGCACGAAGAUACCUCUGAAGGGGAUCUUCAUAGGAGCGAAAGUCAUUCGCGGACCGGAUUGGGAAUGGGGAAAUCAGGACGGCGGACGUGGGAAAACCGGCAGAGUCAUGGACAUACGUGGAUGGGACAACGAGAGCAGUCGAUCCGUCGCAACCGUUACAUGGUCCACGGGUAGCACUAACGUCUACCGAUUAGGCUUCAAAGGCUGCGUGGAUCUGUGUUACGUGGAGGAGGCCAAUGCUGGUACCUAUUACAAGGAACAUCUUCCAUUACUCGGCCAACCGGUCUUGACCGUACCAGAUAACGGAAACAGCACGUCGCCGACGAAGAGCGGUAUCGCCAGCAUCACGUCUAGUCCACACCCUUUAACGUUUAACGUUGGUGACAAGGUGAAAGUGCUAAUGGAAGUCGAUACGUUAAAAGAGAUGCAGGACGGUCACGGUGGAUGGAAUCCGCGUAUGGCUGAGUACAUAGGAAAGAUUGGCACGGUGCACCGAAUUACGGACAAGGGAGAUAUCCGCGUGCAGUACGAAGGCUGCCAUAAUAGGUGGACUUUCCACCCGGGUGCUCUGACGAAAGUUACCGCUAAAGACGCGUUCUCUCUUGGUGAUAUAGUCCGCGUAAAAAGCGACCUCGCCGCCGUCAGGCAAUAUCAACGUGGCCAUGGUGAAUGGAUAGACGUCAUGAAAAAUGCUCUGGGGAAAACCGGGAAGGUAAUUAAAAUCUAUUCCGAUGGCGACUUGCGCGUGGCGUUGGACGUACACGGUCAUACAUGGACAUUUAAUCCUCUGAGUGUCGUCCCGGUAUCUUCUGGCACGAACGCCACGACGGCCGCGCAUGAUAAUGCGAACAGGAGUAGAGAUCGUUCGAUGGACGGUACUGAUAGCGAAGUAGAAAAGCUGUUGAGGGACGCCGCAAGAGGCGAGGCCGGUGUGGACGCGGUACGAGAAUUUCUCAAGAAGUAUCCUGGCAGGGUGGACGCGUGUGCUCCCGGCGGUGGCAGAAAAACGUGCCUGCAGGUGGCCGCGCACCAAGGUCAGCGCGAGCUCUGCACCCUCCUUCUGGACGCCGGUGCCUCUUUGCGUGCGGUCGAUGAGGACGGAGAUACGCCGUUGCAUUACGCGGCAUUCGGCAAUCAGCCGGAGAUAAUGGACCUACUGUUAUCGCGAGGCGCGGCCAUCAAUGCCGUCAACAACGGCAGAUGUAGCGCUCUGCACGUGGCGGUUAACAAGCAGCACGUGCAAUGCGUGAGGGUGCUGCUGCGAUAUCACUG